AUGUAUAUUACUCGCCUUAUUUUCGCCAUUGCAGUGCCAUUGGAAUUGCCGCAUCGUAAUGUCUUUCUGUCAUAUAAUUUUGAAGCCAACUAUAAUUUACCCGAUACAUGGGGUAUACCACCGAUUGCGACUGGUAUUGAAGAUGAUAACAUUUUCAAUCUGCCUGAGGCUGCGCGCCAAAUGUCACAGUCAGUAGCUAGUUGUGCUAACUGCACGGAUCCAACCACAACAACAACUAUAAAAGCGCCAACAACCACUACUGUUACAAAAACAACAACAAAGCCAAAGGUGAAUGCCACCGACAAUGGGAGCGCAGAAUCACAGCAUCAGCAUAGGGGAAAGAGUACAAUAAAUUCCUUGCUAACGCGCACACGCGUCUACCAUAUACUCGGUGAUCUAUUCAAAAAAAGCGGCUACAAUGGAGAACCCUGCCUACUAAGUUUAAUUUGCGAGACAAACUUCUCAAGUAUAGGUGAGGUCAACGGCAUACUGGGCACAUUAGUUCAUAUACUCUUUUCUCCAAGCACAUCUGAGUACGAAAAUCUGCCACUUUCCUACUAUCAAGCCGAAGUGGACGGUGCUCAUGGCUUUUGUGAACACUAUGCGGCUGAAUGCGAAGAGAAUCCGUUGCAUUUGAUUUCAGCGCGAUUGGGUGAUAUUAUCGAUGAUUUUAUGAGUAGUAAAUAGAGGAGAAAAAUAAAGUUGAAACAAUAAAAAAAACAGGGAAAAGGCCAAUUAAAUAUUUUAAUGUGCUCUCAAUUAAAAUCCAUAUUUUUCAACGCCUUUCAAAUCACGAAGUUUACAUAAAUCCACUAGAUCAAGAUGAGAUUAACACGGCAAUAAAAUAAAAAGGUGCUUUGUGGACAGAGUACCCGCUAAGCUCUUCAAAGUGAAGAGCUGGUUGGUUGCAUAUAUUUAUAUACGUACAUACGUACGCUUAGCAAAUUUCUCUUAUUUUAUACCUGUUUAUAGAUGGCAUGU